AUGACGACUAAUGGACAAAAUGGUCUUAAUGGAAGAGAUCUUCGAAUUAAAUUAUUUGAUUUAAUGAAAUCAAAAGGCAUUGUUGAUAAUGUUAAAACACAUUUACGUGGUCGUUUAAUUCAUGAGUUACGUGGUGGUGUUGAUAAUCAAAUUCGAUUUUCAUCUUCAACAACACAACCUACACUUCUUGUUCGUGCACUUAAUGCAUUAAUUCUUGAUUAUUUUCAAGGACAACAUUAUGAUUAUACAACAAGUGUUUUUGUACCUGAAGCAAAUAUUAAUGAUUAUAGAAUUAUGUCCGAUGAAGAAAUUCUUCGUUUACUUAAUAUUUCAACAGAAUCAAGUUUUUAUAAGAAAAUUAAAUCAAAUAGUGAAAUAAAUGAUCAUACAAGUUUAUUAAUGUCCAUGCUUACAUGUAUUUCAUCAUGGCUACCAGGUUCAUCUCAAAAUAAUAGUACACAAACCUCAAAUGAUCUAUGGGCAGGUUCUAUUGCUGGAUCAACUCUUGAUGAAAAAUUGAAUAAUCUUGAUGCUAUGUAUAUGAAUCGUCAUGAUGAUUUAACAUCAACACAUAAUUUAUCAACUGAAGAAAAAUUAUUAUUAUUUCAAAAAAAUAUUGAAUUAAGAACGAAAGAAAAUCUUAAACAACAGAUGGAUCAAUUUCGUGAAAAUGAAAUAAAAAAAAUUCGUGAUGAAGAACGUUUGAAAUGUCAAAUGGAAUUACAAACACUUCGAAAAGAACUUGAAACACUUUAUCAAUCGAAACAAGAUACUUUAAAUGAAAAAGAAAUGCGUAUUGGAGAUCGAUUUAAAGCUGAACUUGAAAAUGAAAGACGAGAAUUAUAUGGUCAACGACAAACAUUUCUUGAAGAAUUAAAAACAAUGAAAAUUCGAGAAACAGAAAAUCAAAGAAAUCUUGAAUUACGAGAGCGAUCGUUGACAUUAGAAACUGAUCGUUUAAAACGUCUUGAAGAUGAUAUUCGUAAACGCGAAGUAACAUUAUCAAAUACAGAAUUGCAUGUUGAUGAACAAGUACAAAUGAAAUUAAACAAAUUAAGAUUUGAAAUGGAACAACAAUUUACAGAACGAAAUAAAAAUUUACAAUUAAUUGAAAUGAGAAAUCAAGAAGAAGCAAGACGACUAAGUGAAGAACGUCUCUUAGCUGAACAAACUAAAACUGAAGUAGCAUCAUUACGAAAACACUAUUCUGAAGCUGAUUCAACAAUUCAUCGUUUACAAAGUGAAAUAAAAAUUCUUCAAAAUGAAAAUGAAAUUUUACGUGAAAAAGCUAAACAAGUAGUUGAUUAUCAAGCAAUUCGAGAAGAAAAUGCUGUUUUAAAAUCUCAAAUGAAUAAUACAACAAGUCGAUCACAACGUUCUCAUCGACAUCAUCAUGAUAGUAGUAGUUCAUCACCUCGUGAACGAUCUACAAAUUCCCGAGGAAUUAUUCGUGAAUUAAAAAAUGUUCUUGAUAAUCAAGAAGUUGGUCAAAAAGUUGUUAACAAUGAAUUAAUUGAUUUAAAAACACAAAUUGCUUUAUUACAAUCAUCAAACGAACCAGAACCUUACUUUAAUGGUCGUUUUCCAAGCAAUCAUGGUGGUGAUUAUUUAUCGCGUGUAAUUAAAUCAACAAGUGAUGUUCAAUUAAAUCAAAGUCGAUAUUCAACAUCAUCAAAUUAUAAUCAAUUUAUUGAAGAUGCAAAAUUACGAAUGCUUGAACUUGAUCGAGAAGCUGAUAGAGUUGAAGAAAAUUAUCGUGACUAUCAACAUCGUAUUAUGAAUAAGACGUCAUAUACAAGUAAUUUACAACCUACAGAAAUUGAUUAUUCAUCAGUAAGACGUAUGCCAACUGUUAAAUUAAGUGGACAAACACAGGGAACAACAACAAAUACAAUGCCAACUUCAUCAUCAUUGCAAGAUAUUAGUUCACACACGCAGAAAUUUAAUUGGAAUAAGGAUCAACCAUCAAUUAAUUUACCUGAGAGUUUGUUAACAUCAAAAAAUAAAACAAAUGAUAGACAGAAAAGUAUUUCACAAAGUAAUGAUCGCAUCUUUGAACAUCCUGAAAUAACAAUAAAACCAUCAACACAUGAUGAUAAAGCUCAUCGACGUUUAUUGACAACAACAACAAAACCAUCGCAUACAAAUGAAAAUAGUUUAGGUAGUGCACCAAAUAUUCUUGAACAUCCUGAUAUAAAAAAACCAAUUGUAAUGGAUAUUAAUCAAAAAUCAUCAUCAUCAUCAUCAUCACCUAUUAGUAAUAAUGAUAGAAAAUUAACUCGACAACAAUCUGCUGAUAUUUAUACAACAAGAACACAAACAAUAUUACCUUUUAAUCGUGAUACUAAUCAAACAAAUUUUGUUACAAAUCCAAUACGAUCAAGUUCACCUGUAUCUUCAAUUGAUGAUCUUGUAGAACGUCAUGAACAAGAAAAAAGUGAAACUACUAGUUCAUCAACACCUCCACCAACAAGUAAAGGUCCGGUAAAAAUCAUUCGUGAGUAUGCCGAAACAAGCUCAACAUCGGAUGUUGAUUCAACAGGCAAACAUUCCAAUAAUCAUAAUAAUAAUCAUCAUAAACCACAAUCGGAAGAAGACGAUUUUUGGUGA